GCUAUUUCAACGCCUAGGUAGACGGGCCCUGUUUCAAUACAUUUUCCAUAGAUCUAAAUUAUCUAUCGACAACUGAUAUUGCUGCAUCAUCUCUGACGUCUACUAAGGACCUGAUUGUCUCCCCUUACUCGAAGAACCAAGAACGACCUCGAGAAUAAACUCCCGGGCUGAAGAUCCGGGAAGCCAUAUGUGACCUGUAAAACCAUGCAAUCCAAACGGUUAAGGUUGAAGAAAUGCGACAAGAUAAACACCAUUAGCGUGGCUGUCCAGCGAGCUCUUAUACCUAACCGUGUCCAGCAAUCUCAGAAUUCCAAAUACAUGCGGCCAAAAUAGCUAUCCCCCAGUCAGGAUCGAAUUUUGCCUUUCUUCCCACUCUUAUUCACUCUUUCAGGCGAAAUCCAUCAGAUGUCUCUAUCGCAGGUAUCAGACGGCGGUGUCUCAGGUGAUUUUGAGCACCCGAAUGCCAACCUGCGUCGGGCCGUGAUUGUCGCUCUUUAUUUUGCAUUUAUUCUGUCAACUGUGUCAGUUGUUUUGCGUCUGGUGGCGAGACGAAUCACAGGCACUGGGCUUUUGCUGGACGACUAUCUAAUUGUAGCGGCUUUGCUCUUCAAGUAUGGAUGCUCAAUCGGAGUCGUCGUCUUGCUCUUCAACGGCAUGGGAUCCCAUAUCACAACGAUCCCACCCGAGAAUCUCGAAGUCUACAUGAAGAUUGGAUGGUCCAAUCCAUUCGUUUACACAACCUGCAUCGCACUCAUCAAAUUGUCCGUCCUAGCCCUCUACAAGCGCCUCUUCACCACACAACGCAUGUGCGUUGCCGUUAACGUAGUCGCCUCUUUCGUCAUCCUCUGGACAUUGAGUAUUUACAUUGUUGGGCUCCUGCAAUGCCUCCCGGUGAACAAGUUUUGGAACCGUGAAAUUGAAGGGACUUGCAUUGACCCUGCCAUGUUCUUCUAUGGCAUGCAGAUCCCCAACAUCCUUACCGAUGCUGUCUUGCUAGUCAUGCCACUGAAGCCGGUUUGGUCGCUGCGGGUUUCCACAAACCAGAGAAUUCUUCUUUCCUUCGUUUUCCUCGUUGGUAUCUUAACUUUGAUUUUUGAUAUCAUCCGACUGGUAGCCAUGAUCCAGUUUACCCACUCCGGUCCAGACAUAACUUACAACCAAGUCCCCUUCGUCGUGUGGACCUGUAUCGAAGCCGCGGUGGGAAUCACCGCCGCCUGUCUCUCCAACCUGCGACCUCUCUUCCGGCUUGGCCAGCGAGAUUUCUGGUCGCAGGCCCGUCAGUCAACGGGCCACUCGAAAGAGGAGCUCAACAAGUCGCAGGACCUAUCGUUGGAGGGUAGUAGUAUCGGGUAUGUGCAGGGCGGCAUCUAUACUCGCCACAGUGUGUCUAUCCAGCAUGAAGAGGCUUGAGGUAAUCGGAUAUCAGUGUUGACUAGGUUCUUUAUUUAUUUACUAUUAUAUGAUGAAUUGGUGUGAUAAUGGUUGGAGACUUUCAGGUGGAAGUCUGGGACUCGGUGGUGCCGGUUGUUUAACACCUUCAUUGUGUAUAGUUAUUGUUCUUUAUUGUCAUUAUGGACUAAUGUUUUUUGUAUCAAUCUCCUUUUGUAUUUUUAUUUGUUCCUGUUCCUUGACACUGAAAAUACCAAAUAAUACGCCAAGAGAAGAUACAGCAUAACAUUAACAAA